AUGUCCUCAGCAGUAAAGCCCGCGGCUCAUCACGAGCGCAUCCCGCUCUCAUACACUCUCGCCGCCGAAGCUAGUGCAGCCUUCGGUGCAGCAGCCCUAGUAGCGCCAAUCAUCACUAUCGUCGACCGUUCCAUAUUCCUGAAUGCAUCUGGAACGCAGCCGCUCCUGGCGGGUCUUGUUUCCGGGUUCAAGACUCUCUUCACCAAUCCGCUAUCGCUCGCGAAGCAACCCGCCACUCUGCUCAUGUUUGGGGUCUACGCUGGAACGUACCUCACGGCGAAUACAAUACAGUCUGUGUGCGAUUAUGAGGGCUGGGAUUGGUUCUAUCCAAAGUUCAUAGGAACGAGUAUCGCGAAUGUUGGGUUGUGUGUGGGCAAAGAUGCUACCUUCACAAAAUGGUUCGGCACUGGCGCCUCGAAACCUGUCCCAUGGAGCUCCUAUGGGCUCUACACCACGCGCGAUGUCAUGACUGUGUUCGCCUCCUUCAACCUUCCACCAGUUCUGGCUGCAGAGAUGACAUCCUCGUUCGGCAUAAGCAAAGGAACCGCUGAAGUCGCCGCACAGUUGAUCACACCAUGCGCGGUCCAAUUCAUCUCGACGCCGCUUCACUUGUUGGGCAUGGACUUGUACAACCGACCAGACGCAACUCCACCGCAACGGCGAGCCCAGGUGCAAAAGGAGUAUGCGAAAUCAACGGCCGCUAGAAUAGGACGCAUCUUUGCGGCGUUUGGGAUCGGCGGUGUGGCGAACCAGAGGUUCCGAUACGAGGCGAAAGAGCUUUUGAGACGCUCAUACCUUCACUGA